GUCCGGUUUGUCCGAUUGGUUCUUUAGAAAGCAAAUUGAUGAGUACCUUCCCCACCUUGUGCUCGUUGGAGUUUGUGUCUGUCUCUUUCAAGAAAUAAAUACACACCGACCACACCAUCACUGGUCGUGACGAGCAGUCAAAGGAAAAUUUAUCACGAUAUCGACGAUCGUUGUUCUAAGAAAGAGGCCUUGCCGCCGCGUGACCUGUGCCAGGUAGUUCCUCGUCAUAGCUGAGAAAGAUGUCUGUAACAGCGCCAACUCUACUUUUUACAACGUCGUCUGCGGGAGCCGCUACGGCUCCCAUAGACAUGGCCGGCCAAGAUGUGGAAAUGGCGACGCCUGAAGAGAAUAAACAAGUCCCGGCAGGAAAAAAUGAAAUCUCCAACCCGAACGCCACAAUCCCCCUUUUCAUUUCUGAAUUCCACGACGAGGCUCUUCGCGGACUACACUUUGCCAUGCGCAAGAAACGACUCAAAUGCGACAACCCCAUCCUCCUGGUUCACUUCGACUCGCACCCGGAUUUGGCCGUGUCGCAGGAUUUGACCGCGGACCUGUGUCGGACGCCGGAGCAGCGGGAGAUGGUGCACCGGAGAGCUGCUGCAGUUGGAGGAGGUCCAGAUGGGGUGAAUGAGCAGGAUGACGCGACACUACCAGAGGAACAGCAAACUGACGUCCGCGAUCUUUACACGGCCCUCCGCACGAUUGAGGGCGGGAUCGCCAGCUGGAUCCUGCCCGCGGUCUUUGCCGGCAUGAUCGACGAAAUCUGGUGGUUGAAGCAGCCGUUCUGCCGACAGAUUCCGGAGGGGAUCUACCAGGGAAGGGUGGGUGGUGCGACGAAAAGCAGUGCGUCGUCGUGUGUCGGUCCUGAGACUCGUGAAGAAGAUCAUGAUGGGAAAAGAACGGACGAAAAGCAGCAAGAAGUACUGAAAGUGGAUGGAGAUUUUGCUGAUUUGUGGUACUACGAAGGGGACGAGAAAGUCCAGAGACCAAAAGUACCGAAACCUGAUUCUGAACCGUCUGUAGGAGUCGUACACGACAUCAAAGACGAGGACACCCUCUCCGUUGACGCGAAACAUUGGACGCUCGCUGUUCUGGAACGCCCGCAGGCAAUUGCGCUCGCGGACCAACUGCAGCCUGCAGCUGUUGGGAGUGCUGACAAGCAGCCGCCGGUUCUUGUCAAUCCUGCAGGAGAAAUCCUAGCGAACGAAAAUGCCGCAGAGUUACCUUCCGCCCCGGCCAGAAAGGAGUGGGCCCUGGACAUCGACCUCGAUUAUUUCACGACCCGGAAUCCCUUUACCAUGGGGUUAUCGGAUGAAUUAGUCCAAACGCUGCAAGACGCGAUCGAUAUCUGGGAGCACGCGUACCCGGAGAAAGACUUUCCGUUUGACACCACCUGGGCAGACGAGCUGGAGAACGAGAAUUGGGAAAAAUGCAUGGAAAUUCUGUUCCCGUACUUAGUUGAGCUCGAAACACAGCCACCCUUUUGCGCCGUACUGCCCGGCCUUUUCUUGUUCACAGAUGGAGACCCUGGCAAUAGUUCACCAGAACGCUUGCCGCGAAGCGACCUGGUUCGCCACGCCACCGCAAUGAAAAACGCUUUGUUAGACUGGAAACGGCUCCGCCCCAGCACCGCAGAAAUGGCGGUUUUGCUCGAAGCUGGACACAUGCUCACACUGCCGCAGAACGUGCCAUGUGAUCGGCCUGGAGAUCAAGGCAAAAACGAAGGGGAUUUUUUUCGUCCGAAGGUAAAGGAAAUCGAGGAUCUUUUGCGGAGCAUCAUGCUCUCUGGUGCGACGAAAAUGGACAACCAAGGUCAAGACCAGCAACGAGCGGCUGGAGUUCCGUCGAGUGAAAAGCAUCUUCCUGGUCUUCCUAUUCCCAACGCAGUAGAACCUGCACCGCAAGAACUACUCGAAGAUCACCCCAUAAUUUCGUCACCUCCAAGACUUCCGACAAUCUUUUCCAGCGACACACCAAAGGACUACCAGACCUACUCGCAUAUUCGCACCACUCCCGUCGGGUUUCCAACGAAGCCGCAGCGGUUGUUGGCUGAGGCGAGGAAGUUAGGAACGCCGUCAAACCUGCAGCCGUAUCCCUCGGUGAUAACGAUCGCACGGAUAUCAAAUGCAAAUAUGUCUGGGUCUGGAAGAUUCUGAGACCACUUGUCAUGCUAGUUUGGCAUGACUCUAAACUCUGUAUUGCGUGCCCGCGAAAAGGUGGUCUUGUCUGUCAUGCAAAAACGUGGUUUCUCAUGCGGAGUACGCAACUCAGAAGCACCAAAAAACUUGUCAUGCUGGGGAGUGCACCACAGUGUGCUCACUAUUGCUUUCCUUGCAUCACAGGUUUCCAGACCCAAACAUUUUUGCAGUUGAUAACGGAGCUGCUCCGACAACUUCCUGCCGAUGCGAAUCUCGGCGCAGCUGGAAACCGCAGUGAUUGAAAUGUUGGAGCGAGUAUGAAAUGCAAAAAUGUCUGGGUCUGGAAACUUGUGAUGCUAAAAUGUGCAUGAUGAAAACACUUCCGAAUGCAGUCCGGCAUGACAACUUCCCAAAACGCUUUCUCAUAGGCAAUCCGCAUGAGAAACUGCGAUUUUGCAUGACAAAAGAGGCUGCGACUUUUGUUCGUUAUGCAAUACAGAUUUUCUAGGUAUGGAGAGCUAGCAUUACAAGUCCCAACCUUCCAGACCCAGACACUUUUGCAAUCCAUAACGAGUGUAUGGUGACGGUGGGGAUAGUGUUGUCCCCGGCGGGGGCAAGAAAAUUGAGCGGAUGUAUGCGGACGAGCUGCAGUAGAAGAAUGUCAAUGAAUGUGCGUAUGCUGCAACUGAAUGUUGGAGGUUAAAGAUGAAAUAAAAGAAAAAGCGGAG